AUGUACACUUCCACCCGUUCACAAUUAAAGUUACACACACAUCAGAUUUCGGAUUUAUUAUAUUAUUCUCCACCUCGAACACAUAAUAGUUUUCAUCAUUCAAGUAAUCAAACAGGAAAUUCUUCACCUAUUCAACUUAUUUCACCAACCAUUAUGUCGACAUCUCAACCGAUAUUAGAAUUAUCUGAAGAACACAAGAAUGAGGAUUAUAUACCUCCAGUAGAACAUAAGUCUAAUUUUCAGUCAUUCCGAAUGCAAGAAAAAAUCGCUUUACAAUCAAUUCAUAAAUUAACGACUGAAGAAAUGCUUCAAAUUGAUCAAUGGUUAUCUGUUUUAUAUAAGACAUUUGAAGAUUUGGAAUAUCCACCGUUAUAUCGUGUCCUUCAAGCAACUACAUAUUUUAAUGAUGAAUUACAAAUAUGGUAUGAAACGACCAAACAUGAAAUUAAUAAUGAUUGGUCCAGUUUUUGUGAUCGAUUGAAACAAUAUGCUCUUGCUCGUCAGAUGAAUCCAUCAACAGUGAAUCAUUCGUUAUCAAACAACAAUGAUAUACCUUCAUUCGAAUAUCUUAUUGAUACGAAAUUUAUAAAAUAUUCUGGUAUAGGUGAUGCAAAGAAUUGGCUGUUACAAACAAUGCAUCAAUUUAAACAAUGUGGAUUACGUAGACUUGAACAACUUCAAGCCAUUCCAUUUUUAUUAAUUGAUACAGCGUAUUUGUGGUAUGUAGAAAAUAUUGAUUUAAUUGUUAGCUUUGAAUUAUUUAGUAAACUAUUCCUUCAAAAAUUUACGUGCACACUAUUAAAAUCUCAAGAUAUUUCUCGUGGUGACACGGAUAAAACGCUAUCUGUCGUUACUGGCUCUUCAUUUACAUCGCAUUUACAACAAACAAUAGAUGAUGAAAUUAUUAAAAAACCAACCUAUUUUCGUGGUUCAAAAGAUGAUGUUCAUGACUGGCUAGAUAAAUUAGAACAACGUUUUGUCAUGGUAAAAUGGUCGGAUGAACAAAAAUUACAAUAUAUUUCAAUACAUUUACAAGAUGAUGCACAGCGUUGGUGGACACAAGCGUCAAAUGUGAUUAAAACAUGGUCAUCGUUUACUGAAGCAGUUACACAUGCUUUUGGUUCAACAAAAGCACAACAAUUAGCUUUUGAACAAUUGAAAUGGUAUAAACAAACGAUUAAUCAAUCUAUUACUCAAUAUUAUGAUACCAUUAUGGAGUUAUGUAAAAAAGUCGAUGCUGCUAUGCCUGAUUCAUUAAAAUUAAAAUAUUUAAUGACUGGUAUUAAAGAUUCCUUAAAGUUGCAUGUUGCUUUACAAGAUCCAAAAACAACGGAUGUCUUUCUAUUGAUUGCUCGAAAAGUAGAAGAUACAUUAUCACUUACAACUUCAACUAAUGAAAUGCAUCAAGAUCAUCUUACAAUCAAUGCUGUUGCACAGUCGAAACCAUUAACACGACCAUUUAUUCAACAACAAUCAUUUAGAAAUUUUCCACAACACACGUUCCAACAAACAUCACGUCAACCAUAUCGUCCAAAUUAUUCGCAUACGCCACGAAUGGACAAUCAACAAAUCCGACAUUAUGCUCCUUCAAGAUAUUCAUCUUACAAACAACAAUCAUUUCGUUGUUAUAAAUGUGGUACUCCCGGUCAUUAUGCACGGGAUUGUACUCGUCCCCAUUUCGAGUAA